AGAGCCCAAACUACUGUUGUUGCUAUGGUCAGUUCAUACUUCACCCCUUGGUGGCCUUCGCGACUUUUCUCUUUCCACGCUCACUCUCUCGCUUCUGCAAUGACCACCCUUUACAUGCCAUUAUUCAGAUCAUGCACCAAUCUCAGAUCACUAGCACAACUCCAUGCCCACCUCUUAGUUACUGGGUUUCACCAUGACCCACUCCCUUCCACCAAGCUCAUUGAAUCCUAUUCCCAAAUGGGUUCUUUUCAAUCUUCCAAACUUGUUUUCAGAUGCUUCCCUAACCCAGAUUCUUUCAUGUGGGGUGUUCUAAUUAAAUGCUCUGUUUGGAGCAACUUGUUUCAAGAUGCCAUUUUUCUCUACCUCACUAUGAUAAAGAAUGACCAACUCCACAUCAGUAACUUCAUAUUUCCUUCUCUUUUGAGGGCCUGUUCUGGUUUUGGUGAUCUGGGUAUUGGUGAAAUGGUCCAUGGGACCAUUAUAAAAAAUGGGUUUGAGAAAGAUACUGUUAUUCAGUCUUCACUUCUUUCCAUGUACGGCGAAAUGGGAUGUUUAAGUUAUGCUAAGAAAAUGUUUGAUGAAAUGACAAUAAAAGACUUGGUUUCCUGGAGUUCGAUUAUUUUGAGUUAUGUUGAGAAUGGGAAGGCAAAUGAAGGCUUGGAGAUGUUCCGUUUAAUGGUAUUGGAAGGUAUUAGACCGGACUCCAUAACAAUGCUUAGUGUAGCUGAGGCUUGUGGCGACUUGGGAUUUCUGAAAUUAGCAAGGCUGAUUCAUGGUUAUAUAGUGAGGAGGAGGAUUGAAAUUGAUGGUUCAUUGGCUAGUUCCCUUGUUGCAAUGUAUAGCAAAUGUGGUGACUUGGAUAGUGCAGAGAGGAUCUUUCUAAAUAUAACGAACCGUAGUACUGCAUUGUGGACUGCAAUGAUAUCUAGCUAUUUUAGAGCAGGUAGGUUUGCAGAAGCGUUAAAGUCUUUCUUUGAUAUGUUAGAUUCUCGUGUGGAACCGAAUUCAGUGACCAUGAUGAGUGUUUUAGGGUCUUUUGCAGGGCUAGGUUGGCUUAGAGAAGGGAAGUCGGUUCACUGUUACAUUAUUAGGAAAGAAAUGGAUCUUGAGUACGAUGUUUUAGGGCCUGUUUUCAUAGAACUAUAUAUGAAAUGUGGAAAGUUGAACUAUUGUGAAAAGGUUCUUCACGUUGUUGGAGGAAGAAAUAUCGUGGCAUGGAAUAUGGUCAUAUCAAUUUGUACUGAGAAAGGGUUGUUAAAAGAGGCAUUGGCACACCUUGUGCAGAUGCAGACCUUGGGAUUAAUGCCUGAUUCAUUCAGCCUAGCAAGUUCUAUCUCAGCUUGUGCUGAUGGAGGUUUAUUGCUGUUUGGAGAUCAGAUGCAUGGUCAUAUCAUCAAAAGAGGCCUUUCGGAUGAGUUUGUCCAGAAUUCGCUAAUUGAUAUGUACUCAAAAUGUGGCUUGACGGAAUUAGCAUACACUAUCUUUGAUGAUAUCAACGAGAAAAGUGUUGUAACAUGGAAUUCUAUGAUUUGCGGAUUCCAUCAAAAUGGAAAUUCUGUAGAGGCAAUUAGCCUUUGUGAUCAAAUGUACUUGAACGGUCUUGAGAUGAAUGAUGUUACUUUCUUAAGCGUGCUUCAAGCAUGCUCCAAUUUGGGUUAUCUUGAGAAAGGAAAAUGGCUUCACCACAAGCUUCUUACCUAUGGUGUAAAUACAGAUCUCUAUAUCGAUACAGCUUUAACUGACAUGUAUGCCAAGUGUGGAGACCUUGUAACAGCCCAAAGGGUUUUUGAUAGCAUGUCAGAGAAAAGUGUGGUGUCAUGGACUGUGAUGAUUGCUGGAUAUGGAGCACACGGUAGGGUGAAUGCUGCCAUCUCACUUUUCAAUCAAAUGGUAGAGUCAGGCAUAAGACCUAAUCAAGUUACCUUCAUGAACAUUCUUUCGGCUUGCAGUCAUGCAGGAUCUGUGGAAGAUGGAAAAUCUUAUUUUAAGUCGAUGAGGGAUUUUGGUGUUGAGCCCAACUCAGAACAUUACGCCUGUAUGGUUGACCUUCUAAGUCGCGGUGGUGAUCUCAGUGAAGCAUAUAGAAUCAUCAAAUCGAUGCCAUAUCCCGCAGAUGCAAGCAUUUGGAGUGCGCUGCUUAAUGGUUGUCGAAUCCACCACAGGAUGGACAUGAUCAAAGCCAUUGAAGAAGACCUUGUAGAUAUUCAUACAGAUGACACUGGAUACUACACCUUGUUAUCUAAUAUAUAUGGUGAGGAAGGAAACUGGAAGGAAUUUGAGAAGGUGAGAUCAUUAAUGAAAGGCAUAGGUCUUAGGAAGGUUCCUGGAUAUAGCUUAAUUGAGCUUGAUAAGAGAAUUUAUAGAUUUGGUGUUGGAUCUACUUCUCUUUAUCAAACUAAGGAAACUUUUAGUUUUUUGGAAAAUUUCCAAAUUUUGGCUCAAGAACAUGUUUUUUAUUUAGAAAACCAAUAAUUUGAUGAUUGUUAGUGCCAUAA